CCACCCAACGUGGGACCCUGCGCAGCACGGAGCCGGGAGUCCCAAGCUGCUCUUGGUGCGUGUGAUACCUACUUGUCAGUCCAGCGCCAGCAUGGCUUCCUCAGCGGCUGGCCUAGUGGUUAUCGUUGGCAGUGGACUCAUUGGGCGAAGCUGGGCUAUGUUGUUUGCCAGUGGAGGCUUCAAAGUAAAACUCUAUGAUAUUGAGCAACAGCAGAUAACAAACGCCCUGGAAAACAUCAGAAAAGAAAUGAAGUUGCUGGAGCAGUUGGGUGCUCUGAAAGGCACUUUGAGUGCUGAACAGCAGCUGUCACUCAUCACUGGUUGUUCCAACAUUCAGGAGGCAGUAGAGGGCGCCAUGCACAUUCAGGAAUGUGUUCCAGAAAACCUAGAAGUGAAGAAGAAGAUUUUUGCUCAGUUAGAUGGAAUCGUGGGUGAUGAUGUGGUCCUCAGCAGCUCCACCUCGUGCCUCCUGCCUUCCAGGCUGUUCUCCGGGCUGGCACACGUGAAGCAGUGUGUUGUGGCUCAUCCAGUAAAUCCGCCUUAUUACGUGCCGUUGGUUGAGCUGGUUCCACACCCGGAGACGGCCCCUGCGACGGUGGACCGGACCCAUGCCCUGAUGCAGAAGAUCGGACAGUCCCCUGUCAGGGUCCUGAAGGAGAUUGAUGGCUUCGCCCUGAAUCGCCUGCAGUAUGCGGUCAUCAGUGAGGCCUGGAGGCUGGUGCAGGAUGGAAUAGUGUCUCCGAAUGACCUGGACCUUGUCAUGUCAGAUGGCCUGGGCCUGCGGUAUGCCUUCAUGGGUCCCCUGGAAACCAUGCAUCUCAAUGCGGAAGGUAUGCUAAACUACUGUGACAGAUACAGCGAAGGCAUGAAACGUGUGCUCAAGACUUUUGGACCCAUUCCAGAGUUUUCCGGAGCCACGGUUGAAAAGGUUCACCAGGCCAUGUGUGCAAAAGUCCCAGAUGACCCUGAGCACUUAACUGCCAGAAGGCAGUGGAGGGACAUGUGCCUCAUGAGAUUGGCCAGACUGAAAAGUCAGAUGCCAUCCCAGUGAAAAUCCUGUGAUGCUGCACUCGCCUCGUUGAAAGUCCUAGUAGAUGGAAUACAAGCACGUCAUCAUGUUGCUCAAAGCGGUGGGGGCCACAGAGGUGCACAGCAUGCGUGUCCUGAGCUUGGUCCCCUCCCGUUAGCAGUGGCCUAGUCAUUUCCCAUCGUGCCCAUGUGGUGGGUGUCACCGCAGCUCUCUCGGCUCUGAGGGAGGAUUUCCUGCCCCCUGGGCAAGCAAAUCCUCUGAAGCGUUUCACCUUUUAUCUUCUAUGUAAUUACGCAGCCUACAUUUUAUAGCCAUAAUUGUCAUUUCAAGUCUUUUAAAUCUGUAGCAAAAUAUUUUUAUAAUUAUUUUUAAUCCAUUUCUGAGUACUUCAUGGUCCUGUAUUUAUGAGGCAACUACCUUCAUUUUGUUAGUGCUUAUUCUGAAUAAAAGUUUUUGAUUCCAUAAA